GACUCCGGUGUUCAGGAUGCUGAAGCCUGAAGCGCGCGUGGCCUUUAAAUCGCGCGUGAGUGAGUGCGCGCGUGCGUGCGUGCGUGCGUGUCGGAGUGCGCGCGCUUCUCGCUCCCCGGCGUGUCCCGGUUCUUCUCCGUCUCGUUGCUCAGAUCAGUGCGAGCGAAUAAUAAUAAUAAAAAAAAAAGCAACGAAAGAAAAGACGCAAAUACAACAUCAGGCUUUUCUUCUCAGAGAAAUGAACUGAAGGAGCGACGCGCGCCGUGUUCGCCGAUACACACCUGAGCGCGCGCGUGCCGAGCGCGAGAGCAAGUUCCGGUCCAGUGUAAUGAACUUCACCUGUUUGCUCGCGUUAAUUAGGAGCUGAAGAGCAACUCCCUGAGCUGUGACGCUUUCUGUCUUAAUUAAGCGUCCAAGGAUGUCCAACUUCAGCUUCUCUACACUGUCCAAUCACAGCUUGCCUCAGGAAAACCUGCACAGACCCGUCACAGUGUUCAGCGUCCUGAUCUUCACCUUGUUGACCAUGUUGGUUUUGGCUACAUUUCUGUGGAACAUGCUGGUCCUUGUGACCAUCCUAAGAGUCCGCACUUUCCAUCGUGUUCCUCACAACCUGGUGGCUUCCAUGGCCAUCUCGGAUGUGAUGGUGGCUGGACUUGUGAUGCCCCUGAGCCUCGUCCGGGAGCUCUACGGCCGGCGCUGGAUCCUUGGGAGAGCUCUGUGUCAAAUGUGGAUCUCGUUCGACGUGCUUUGCUGCACCGCCAGCAUCUGGAAUGUCACCGCCAUCGCGCUUGAUCGCUACUGGUCCAUCACUCGGCACCUCGAGUACACUCUAAAGAGACGUAAGAGGAUCUCCAACGUGAUGAUUGGACUUACAUGGAUGCUCUCAUCCAUCAUCUCUUUCUCGCCUCAGUUCGGAUGGGGUGAGAUGUACUCGGAGAAAGCGAUGGAGUGCCAGGUGAGCCAGGAGCCGUCGUACACCGUCUUCUCCACCUUUGGUGCUUUCUAUUUGCCCCUCUGCGUCGUGUUGUUCGUUUAUUGGAAGAUCUAUAAAGCAGCCAAAUUUCGCAUCGGAACCAAGAAGAACAACACCGUUACUCCAGCUCCGGAGGCCGUCGAGGUGAAAGAGGCGGCUCGACAGCGUCCUCAUACAUCAUUUGCGGUCCGUCACGCAACAGUAACGUUUCAGACAGACAGCGAGACGUGGCGGGAGCAGAAGGAACGCCGUGCUGCGCUGAUGGUGGGAAUUCUAAUCGGUGUUUUCGUCCUCUGCUGGAUCCCCUUCUUCCUGACCGAGCUGAUCACACCACUCUUCUCGUGGCACAUCCCACCUGCCUGGAAGAGCGUCUUCUUGUGGCUCGGCUACUCGAACUCCUUCUUCAACCCACUCAUCUACACCGCCUUUAACAAGAACUACAACAGCGCCUUCAGGAACCUCUUCAACAAGCAGCGCUGAUGAAAGAUCACAAAUUAGCCUCAUGCUAACUCAAAUGAUUGUACAUAAACUUACAGUAGCUCAUUAAAGCAAAAUCAUCUAUUUGAACCUCUUCAGCACCUAAUGCUAACUAGUAAUGGAAACUAGCGAGCUAGCAAACAAGAAUUAGCAUGUAGACGAUCGGUUUUGUAUGCUAACUGAUCUUUAAACACACACACACACACACACACACAUACACACAUACACAACGAAUUUCCAGCGCUAGGCUAGCAUGUGAUGAAUUUAGCACUCAGCUAUAAUGACAGUAUUUAUGCUAACUCACUGAGCGCUGUAUUUAUUACUCUUUUACCUUAAAACAGCAAUCUGGCGAAGAAAUAUUCAUGUCGUUUUUAUUACUGAUGAUAGAUCUAAUCUAGAAAGCAAGCUCGGCAUGUUCAUGCGUCCGUCAUAGCGUUUACUCAAGGCUUAUUCAAGCUGUUACUAUGGUUUUCGUGACCACUUCCUGUUCUAGGUUCUUUUUUUGUGUGUGUUAAUGCAAUGAUGAGGCAGAAGAUUGUCUCCUAUUCAUGAAAUUCUUACAUUCUCAUGUUGUGGUUCUCAUGGAUGUGGAAGAAAAGAAUUCCUCUGACUGCACGAUCCUUGCGACUACCCACAGUGCAACAGGAUAAAAACGAUGAUUUUGAGAAGUGCUUCACGUUCUGUACCAAUUUCUUGCUCAGAUUUUUCAAUUGUGUAUGUUUAUCUUUUAAACAGUGAAAAGCUACAACCUGAUGUUGGUCCAUUUCACAUCUAUAUUCUCUAGUGUUUUAUUUCCUGCUCUCAGAAUGCUAUAAAAACUCCUCUGU